UUGUGUAACUGUCAGUACUGAUAGAAGCGCGAUUAUGCUCAGUCGUUAUUUCACGAUCAGAUUGUAAUAUAAAUUAGUACAUUCUAAAUAAAAUAGUUAUAUUAUUCAUCAAUUAGCGAAUAGUUUCGAACACAUUCUUUCAUCGUUAUCAGAGUAUUUAAGGCAACGAAAAAAAUGUUUCUAGAUGUAGACAAUCCGUGUUAUUUAUACGAAGAUAUCAAUGCUGGCGUUCUUAUCAGAUUAAGCGAUUACAUAAUUACCAAUGACAUUAAAGAAGAAAAUUUAGAAGAUGAAAGAGUUUUAAGUGAUAUGUUACGUGCUUCAGAUAGAAGAUAUGUCGACAUUGAUCCCAUUACAUCUGAACUAUUGAAUGAAUUUAAAGAUAGGAUAAUUGCUUUUACAAUUAAAGAUUUGAGAGAAGAGCCUCUUUAUUGUAGAAAUCAUGCCAUAUUGAAGGUCGCUUGCGUUGAAUAUGUACUGUAUCCUGAUGAAGAUAAUGAAGAAUAUGAAAAAAUAUAUCGUUGCGACGAACGAAAAGUGAUCGAGGCAUAUUAUGAUUUGUGUCGUUUUCGACAAGAAAAUAUACCCGACGAUAAAACCGUCGUGGGUAUUAAAAAAUUUUUUCGAGGCGAACCAUUUUUUUGGAAUAAUCUUUCGGAACCAUUUGUUGAGAAUAAUCUUUUGGAAACAAUCAGAUCAUAUUUGGAAGGUAUUUCGAUCGAGGAAGCUGAAAUACUGUUUAUACAACGUACAUCAAUUGAAAUAAUUGAAGGUUUACCACCGAACUCAAUAUAAAGUAUGACUCCGAUGAUUAGAAGGUGUGCCAACCAUCAGCAAAUAUAAUCGUGCCCAUCGAAGAUCAUCCACCAAUAUUGCUCACAAAAGACUAGCAGCCACAUUCACCUACUCCGCAGAUGUCUCAUCGGUUUCAAACUGAUUUUACAAGUGCUUAGUAUUUUUUUAAAUGUAUCAUUGUACCUUUAUUACACAAAUUUUUAUAUAUUUUCCUUCAAAUGUAAUCGCCCAAAAAAAAAAAACUAUUAUUUAUCUAUUUAUCCGAAAUCAUUGGCUAAACUACGGAUGAUUCAGGAAUAAAUCGUUCACAUUGUAACUUGAAUUUUUUAACAGACAUUGCGUCACAGUUUUGCGCGUUGAAAGACACACGCAAGCUGUGUCCAAAUUUUUCUUACUUGACAAUACAGCUCCUUGAAAAAUGUAGAUCAAGUAUAGGAAUUAACCUUUUUAUAAAUGAGAUUCAAAUUUCUAAAAAUUGUGAAAAUAUAGGAUACACAAAUAUUCAAA